GGGCUCAGGCUACUCUGAAGCGACCCAGCGGUUCUGCCUGACACGCCCCGCUCGAGACACCAUGGUGGCGUACUGGCGACAGGCUGGACUCAGCUACAUCCGGUUCUCCCAGAUCUGUGCAAAAGCAGUGAGGGAUGCCCUGAAGACUGAGUUCAAAGCGAACGCUGAGAAGACUUCGGGCACCAGCAUAAAAACAGUGAAAAUAAAGAAGGAGUAGCCGAGCCUGACUGAAGCCUGACGUGCGGAGUCUUCCAGGUGAAGCAUGUGGGCACCUGUUCCGGCAGAUGGAGGUCAGCCGUACCUCCUGGAGACAGACACCCAUCUUGUUGAUGAAUUGACUAUGCCAAUAAAUUAACACGGUUCACUCUCGGC